GUUCAGGGCCCUGGAAAAGUGUGACUUGUAUACAGUCGGUUGGAUUGCCGCCCUUCACAAAGAGCUGGCAGCAGCACAGGUCAUGUUAGACGAGAUACAUGACAGACCAGAGGACUUCGAGCAGCCAUCUUCGGACAAGAACUCAUACUGUUUUGGUCGAAUUGGAAGACACAACAUCGUCAUUGCUUCGUUAGCAGCUGGCGUCUACGGUACUACAUCUGCGGCAACGACAGCAGUCUGUAUGUUGUCUUCGUUCCCAAGCAUCAAGAUCGGCCUGAUGGUUGGUAUUGGAGCAGCUAUCGCGAGGCCGAAACAAAAGCACGACAUCCGACUGGGCGACGUUGUGGUCAGCAUGCCACAUGGAACGACUGGUGGUGUGAUUCAAUAUGAUCUGGGAAAGAGCCGUGCCAGGGCAGACCAAGGGAACACUAUACACACCUUCGAGCGCGUCGGCUCUCUCGACUCACCUCCCCAGAUUCUUCUCAAAGCAAUAACUUCAUUACGAGCAAGAGUCAGAAUAGAUGGCUCAAAGGUGUCGAAAUUCCUCGAAGGCAUGUUAGAGCGGUAUCCUAAUUUGGCGGAGAGCGAGCCUGACGAACCGGGAUUUGUCUACCAAGGAGAAGAAAAUGAUAGACUUUUCGAAGCAUCGUACCUACAUACAAGCGACACUGGGUGCGAUGACUGUGACCCUGCCAGGAUCAUCACUCGCACUGCACGCCGAAAUCCUACUACUCCUCGUUUUCAUUAUGGUGUGAUUGCAUCAGGGAACAGACUUGUCAAAGAUGCCGUCGAAAGAGACAAAAUACUAAAAGAGAGUGGAGAAGAUUGCAUCUGUCUGGAGAUGGAAGCCGCCGGUCUCAUGAAUUCAUUUCCGUGUUUGGUCAUAAAAGGCAUUUGCGAUUACGCCGACUCUCACAAGAACGAUGACUGGCAAGAGUACGCCGCAGCUACAGCAGCCGCCUACACCAAAGAACUGCUGGAAUUUGUGGACGAUGGAGAGCUGGCCAAGACAUCGAGGGCCUCGGAAAUCCUACGACAAAUAUCUAGAGACAUCAAAGACGCCGGAGAUAGAGUUGAAAGGCUGCGACUAGGCCACCAUCAAGAAAGGAUUAUGGACUGGUUACUAGCUCCAGACCCUUUCGUAAACUACACAAAUGCGCUAGGGAAGCGCCACAAGGGGACUGGAUUAUGGUUCGUGAACGGUCAAGCUUUUAAUCACUGGAAAAAGCAACCCAGGUCUUUCCUCUGGCUAUACGGUAUACCUGGAUGUGGAAAAACAGUCCUUAGUUCCACCAUAUUAGAGCACUUGGAAGGUGACAGCACAACAGCCCAAGCCCUGCUCUAUUUCUAUUUUGAUUUCAACGACACAGAAAAACAAACUCUCGACAGGAUGUUACGCUGUCUGGUGAAGCAGCUGUAUCAGCAGCGACCAGAAACUCAAGAGUGCCUUGAUCGUUUGUGGAGCUCUCAACAACUGUCAAAGCAGUCGCUGAGUGGUGUUCUAGACGAGAUGCUCCGAAGGGUCGACAAUGUCAGCAUAAUUCUGGAUGCCCUUGACGAGUCACGCACGAGGAGUGAGAUACUUGUUUGGUUGAAAAGUGUUCUCGGAAAUCUAACAUCUGAUUGUCGGUUACUCGUCACUGCUAGAAGAGAGGAGGAAAUCGAGUCAGCUCUGCGAUCUUGGACAAGGCCUACUGACAGGAUAAGCAUUCAAGGAAGCGAUGUUGAUGGAGACAUAAGAGCCUAUAUCAGCCAUGCAGUACACAACAGCAAGGAGCUUAACAGAUGGCUAAGCAGGUCAGAUGUACAAGAUGAGAUAAAAUCAGAGCUGAUGAAGAAAGCGGACGGGAUGUUCCGUUGGGUAGCCUGCCAGAUCGAUGCUUUGAAGAACUGUCUUGACUACCCUAGACUUCGGCAGACGCUGAAAAACCUCCCCAAGACGCUCGAUGAAACUUAUGCUCGAAUCCUGGAGAGUAUACCGAGAGAGCACUCGGAGCAAGCUGCAACAGUUCUCAACAUCCUAACCAGAUCAAACCGGUCCUUAAGGAUGUACGAACUGGUGGAUGUCGUCGCAAUCAAUCUGGAUGAGGAUCCCGAAUUUGAUCCCAAGAACAGGAUGCCUAUCGCACGAGAAGUGCUCAGACUUUGCUCCAGUUUCGUAGCGGUUUCAUGGAACAAAGAUCCUUUCGGGUACAGGUCUGAUACCUACGAAGAGGUCCGCCUUGCGCACUUUUCUGUGAAAGAAUAUCUAGUUUCCAACCACAUUCCGAGAGGUUUCGAGCCUCUGUUUUCCGAAGCAGUGGCAAGAUCAUAUCUGGCGAGGUUGUGUUUGACAUAUCUCAUCAGUGUAAGCCGUAUCCUCUCGCGAGGCGAGCAAUUGCCUCUUGUUGAGGACCCUGAGCCAGGAUUUCCUCUCCUCUGUUACUCUGCCGACAGUUGGAUGAUCCAUGCCGGAAAGGCAGGUGACGAGACCGGAGUCUUGUGGAAACUGGUGUCAAGAUUCUUCCUGGGGACGCAUGAAGCGUUCUUGCUUGCGAGGGAUUGUGAGGCUCGUCCAAGCAAAGUGAUAGGUGAAAGUCCCCUUUGUUACGCUAGCCACGGCGGGUUGUUACAGGCAGUAGGAAAUCUACUCGACAUGGGUGUACGUGUCAACGCUGAAGACAAUAUAUGCGCACUGCAUGCUGCUUCAGCAGGGGGUCACGUCAGGAUCGUACAGCUUCUGCUCAAUCGAGGCUCGAGAAUCGAUGCUCAUCAUUCACACUGGGGGACAGCAUUGCAAGCAGCCGCAUCCAUGGGCCGCAACAACAUCAUAAGGCUCCUACUCAACAGGGGUGCAGCUAUCAAUGCUGAUGGGGGAAUCUGGGGCCGAGCUCUGCACGCAGCUUCCGCUGCAGGCUACGAUAAAACGGUGCAGCUCUUACUCGAUGCAGGUGCAGACAUCGAUACUCAAGAUCCACGCUUGGGUAGCGCUCUAAAGGCAGCCUCGGCAGAAGGCCACGACAAGGUCGUACGGACCCUACUCGAUAAAGGUGCGCAUUUGGGCUCAAGACAUGAGAUCUCCAAGAGUCCAGAUAAAUUGGAUGCACUGGACGUGGCCUGUCAAGGAGGUCACGAGCAG